AUGUCUGGUCGUUUCGUCCGUUCGUCGAAGUAUCGACACGUUUUUGGCCAACCCACAAGACGAGAACAAUGCUAUGAUAACUUGCGAGUGUCCCGCAAUGCUUGGGAUACCAACCUGCUCAAAGUCAAUCCGCAAUACCUGGCAGUGAACUGGGAAGCCGGUGGUGGCGGCGCCUUCGCAGUCAUCCCCCUCGAAGAACGAGGAAAGCUCCCCGAGAAGAUUCCAUUGUUCCGAGGACACACGGCUGCUGUGCUUGACACCGAUUGGAAUCCAUUCAAUGACUCGUUGAUUGCCUCCGGUGCUGAUGAUGGCAAGGUCUUCCUCUGGCGUGUGCCCGACAACUUCACCGUUCGCCCCGACGUUGAUGCCGACCAGGUUCAAGAUAUCUCCCCUGUUGGGAAACUCAGCGGACACCCCAAGAAAGUCGGACACGUCUUAUUCAACCCUGCCGCCGAGAACGUACUUGCGACAGCAUCGGGAGAUUACACAAUCAAAAUCUGGGAUAUUGAAGCAGGUGCCGCCAAAUAUACGUUGAAAAUAGGCGAUAUCGUGCAAUCUCAGUCUUGGAGCGCCAAUGGAUCACUUCUCGUGACAACAUCCCGUGACAAGAAAUUGAGACUUUGGGAUGUUCGUCAAGAGCGCCCUGCGCAGGAAACGGCAGGCCACUCUGGAGCUAAAAACAGUCGAGCUGUGUGGAUGGGUGAACAUGACCGCAUUGUCACCACCGGUUUCUCGAAGAUGAGUGAUCGUCAGCUUGCUCUCUGGGACACUCGCGCGGUGCGUGAACCCAUUAGUGGAUUCAAGACUCUGGACUCUAUUUCCGGUGUUUGUGUUCCCUUCUGGGAUGAGGGUACUCAAUGUCUAUAUUUGGCUGGUAAAGGUGAUGGCAACAUUCGCUACUUCGAGUACGAAAACGAUAAAUUUGAGGUCCUCUCCGAGUACAAAUCAAGCGAUCCUCAACGAGGUCUUGCUUUCAUGCCCAAGCGUGGUGUCAACAUUCAUCAGAACGAAGUGGUCCGAAUUUACAAGUCUGUGGCCGACAGCUAUAUUGAGCCGAUAUCUUUCAUCGUGCCUCGUCGGUCUGAAAACUUCCAAGACGAUAUUUACCCUCCUACCACUGGUAUUACGCCUGCUAUGAGCUCCUCCGAAUGGCAAGCAGGAAAGGAGGCUAUCCCACCCAAGAUCUCCAUGGAGGGUAUUUAUGACGGUACUGGACUCAAGGAGGUGAACCCAACUCAAUCUAAGCCAACAUCUACCAUCACCGCCGAUGCGCCAAAGCCGGCUGAGGCCGCUAAGCCUGCAGCUGCUGAACCUGUCCGCGCUGAGCCAACUCCAGUCACAGUCCGACCCGCCCCCUCAAUGAAAGAUCAGGGUGCCUCGAUGGCCGCAAUGGUCGACAAAUUUGCUGACAACGAUGAUGAGAAGGAAGACGAGAUCGACGAUGCAUCCAGCUUUGAAGAAGUCACCAAGCCAGUGGAGAGGGCGGCUGCCGCGCCCGUAGUCACGAAGUCAACACCAUCUCCAAUCAAAGAAAAAGAAGCCACCACCCCUGUAGCUUCUACACCAACCAUCGAAACACCCAAGAUUCCCUCCCAGAACCUUAGUUCUACCUCGAACUCUGUGUCCGAUGACAUUGCCGAGAUCAAGGCAUUGAUUGCUCAGCAGACCAAGACCAUCGCAUCCCAAGCCGAACAGAUGCAAAAUCUCGCUGCCGAGAUUGAAUCACUCAAAGCCAAACUCAAUAAUUAG